AUGCAAAGGACGGUAACUCUGAUACAGCCUGGACUUUGACUCUUCUGUUGCGGAGGAGCUGAAAACAACAAUCAUGGCGACGAUGGCUCGCUGUCUGCUAAGGACGGGGCAAAGUACUGCAAAGUUUGUCAGAAAAGAAUGUCUCAACAAUGCAAGGUCAUUGUCCAGUUUGGCGGAACUUCCAGACACACACAAAAUAUUACAGAAAAGUUGCCGAGAUUUUGCAGAUAAUGAGCUAGUCCCGAUCGCUGGGAAGUUGGACAAAGAGCACACAUUUCCCAAAGAUGUGAUAAAGAAGAUGGGUGAUCUGGGAUUGAUGUCGGUAGAUGUCUCCGUUGAUGAGGGAGGGACUGGACUAGAUUAUCUGGCCUACGCCAUUGCUAUGGAGGAAAUCAGCAGAGGAUGUGCUUCCACUGGUUGUAUCAUGAGCGUAAAUAAUUCGCUUUACCUUGGACCAGUGAAUAAGUGGGCCAACCCAGCACAGAAGGAGGUUUUUCAGGAGCCCUUUUUACAUGGAGACAGAGUGGGCUGCUUCGCUCUCAGUGAGCCAGGAAAUGGCAGUGAUGCUGGGGCUGCGUCUACCACGGCACGGUUGGACGGAGACUCCUGGGUGUUAAACGGAACCAAAGCCUGGAUCACAAAUGGUUAUGAAGCUGAAGCAACAGUGGUCUUUGCAACUACGGACAAAAGUCUGAAGCACAAGGGUAUCAGUGCAUUUCUGGUGCCCAAGCCCAGCCCUGGGCUGUCUCUGGGUAAGAAGGAGGAUAAGUUGGGCAUUAAGGCUACCUCCACCUGUAACCUGAUCUUUGAGGACUGCAGGAUUCCAAGGGAGAACUUACUGGGGGAACCAGGAUUUGGAUUCAAAAUUGCCAUGCAAACCCUAGAUGCAGGCAGAAUUGGAAUUGCAGGUCAAGGUUUAGGAAUAGCUCAGGCUGCUUUUGAAUGUGCCAUAGAGUAUUCUCAGAAAAGGAUGGCGUUUGGAACCCCAAUUUCAAAAAUGCAGACAAUCCAGUCCAAGUUAGCAGACAUGGCUUUGUCAAUUGAAAGUUCCCGACUGAUAAUGUACAAGGCAGCUUUUCUGAAAGAUGCCGGGAAACCUUUCUCCAAAGAAGCUGCCAUGGCCAAGCUCGCAGCCUCUGAGGCGGCAACGUUCUGUUCUCAUCAGCUAUGGUCCUUCACCAGCAAUGGUAUGACCUCUCCAGAUUCCACUCGAGUGGAAGAUCUCAGUGGGACGUUAUACAACAUGCUAUCCAGAUUUUGGGAGGUAUGGGGUAUGUAACGGACAUGCCAGCAGAACGACAUUAUCGUGAUGCCCGGAUAACAGAGAUCUACGAGGGGACCAGCGAGAUUCAGAAAUUUGUGAUAGCGGGAAGUCUUCUGAAGGAGUACCACGUUAGUUAAUCGAACAAUGAAGUAGGGCCUGUUGAUCAGCCUCACCUUGAUGGUGCAAGGGCCAACAAAAUUGUGAUAAAAUGCUCUGCAAUCGACAUACAGUGUAUGUAAAUAAGAUAUUACAUUUAAUAAAUUAAUUUUUGAUAUUAGA